AUGCGUCAGGUCUUAAUAGCAUUGUUGCUGGCUGCCCUAGCGUCCUUGGAGAGCCUCGAUGUGGCUUCAGCUGCUAACUCCAUAUCGCAGCGCGAGCGAAACCUUCAACCUCUGCGAUUGCUAAGGAGUAGUACAUUCCCAGCAAAUGAAGAAGAGAGAAAUGCUAUUAGCAGUCUCUCUAUUGUCACUAAACUUAAGGACGCAGCAAAAUGGUCAACGUCCAAAAUCUCCGAUAAAACGAAGAUUGGGGUUAUGCGAUUCCAAGGGAAAACUGCAGAUGAAGCCUUCGUGCUACUAAAACUCGAUCAGGGCGGUGAGAAUCUCCUUGAGAACAAACAGUUCAGCGUAUGGGUCAGCUAUAUGACCAAGGCCAACAAGAAGCACCCAAAGAUAGCUAUCGUGACAACGUUGACAGCGACGAACGUUUGGCAACGAUGCUGGAAGCCGCGAGAAAAGUGGAUGCAACGAGCAGUAUCGCGACGAAGCUGCAAGUUGCCCAGAUGA